ACCGGCGCAAGGACAGGGACCAGAAGGGGACGAAGCUGGACGAUCCAACCUCCCGUUUACAGCCGCUCACAGUAAACGCAGCGGAGGAUGGGAUACGUGACCUACCGAAACAAGAAGAAUGCGAUAAUGCUGAUACGUCAGGCCACACGAAGAUGGAGGAGGGCCCGGGGUUUGUUUCAGAUUAAGACAGAGCCCGUUGACGCACUCACGACAAUGAAACAAGGAUCGGUACGACGCCCUCCCUGCAGAUCAAGGGAGAAAAUCUCGACACUCCCUUGCCUGAGCUUAAGAUGGAGGAUAUCAACACGCCGCCACCAGCCACCAUAUGGGAGGAAGAUAGCAAUAUGGCGUCCCAAAGUACCGACCCUACAUCAUCUCCGCGACAUCUCUCACCAACGCUUUCGGAUCCACCGCCUCCGCCAGUCACCUUGUCCGCCGAGCAAUGGGCAGUCCUCCGCAUGGUCAUGUCCGGUCAAAACGUCUUCUUCACGGGCUCCGCAGGAACAGGCAAGUCGGUGCUUCUCCGCCAGAUCAUCGAUCACUGCUGCGCCCGAGAUCCAGAUACGGAACGGCUUGCUAUCACUGCAGCCACGGGCAUCGCGUCUGUGAAUAUUGGUGGGUGUACACUCCAUUCGUGGGCCGGGUCGGCCUUGCAAAGGAGCCGGCGGAUCAGCUGCUAGGCAAGAUUCUUGGACAAGACAAAAAUGAACGAGAGAAGGCAGAGCGGGAAAGGGCAGGGCGG